AUGGGGGACCAAGUCACGCAAACAUCAUCCACUGCCCGUUAUACAUACCACAACGGUUACUACGACUACACAGAAAAGAUCUUCCGUGGCUUCCAGAUGGUUGAGACCGCUACAAUACCCUUGUUGGGGACUGAUGUGGCUGUUUCCGCAGAGGCAUAUCGUGCGUUGGCGGGCCAGCCACGGCGAAAAGAGGUCUUCAGCGCCGAUCCCUCGGAUCCAAAGGCCGCCUUUCCAUACCUCAUCUCACAACAGACGUACGACGUGGUCCUCAGACAGACGGCGCCGGCACGUUUAGUGUGUAGGGUGGACGGACGAGAGGAGGUCACGGCGCACUAUGAGAGGGCGACGGUGAAGGAUGAACAGGACCAACCUGAGCUAUCAAUCCAAGAUUCCCGCGUUCAGCAUCGCCUCACACUACAGACGGAUGACUAUGGCAAUGUUCUUCUAGAGGCCUUCAUGGAAUAUAGCAAACCAUCCAGUCAGCUGCCCAACGCCGAUGACCAACGGAAGCAGGAGGAAACCGUUGUUAGCUACGCCGAGAUUAGAUAUACCAACGCUGCCAAGACUUACUUCCAGAGUCCACUAUCUGCCAAGGUCCAGAAAUACAGGGUCUUCCCAGCUACUGCUAUCGGUGGAAAGGACCGAUAUGCGUGGGAGAUGAUUGCGCAGGAUGACACAUGCUUUCUAAAGGAAGCCGUGGGAAUUCCUCUCAACGCUGACAUGGAUGAGCAGCUCAAACACACAAAUACCAAAGGGUAUCGUGUCUUAUUGGCAGAUCAUCGCACGAUAUAUACAUCAACGGAUCUGCUUGAAGCACUACCCGUUGGGGUGGUAGCCGAGUUUUCUAUCGUUGACCGAAAUAGCGAAUAUGGAAGUGCUGGCGGCAGAUACGUUGAAUUGAACGGCGAGGAAGGCAAAUGGUGGACACAGUCAUCGCGUUCCAUCUUUGGGGAUGACGACCCGGGCCACCGCCUCAAGACUGCGCGGACGGCCUUCUUCAUCCCCAGCAGUGAGGUGGAUGCAUAUGGCAACACAUCAACCGUAGAGUUGGGCCAAUACUAUCUCUUGGCGAACAAGACUACAAACGCGAUGGGCAGCACAAUGUCCACUGUUAGCGACUAUGCUAAGCUCGCAAGCAUUAUGACCAUAGAUGCCAAUGGGAACAGAGUCCAGACAGCUCCAGACCCCCUUGGACGGGCUGUAGGUGUUGCCGUUCUGGGGAACCAAGGGGACAGUACUGGGAGCAGCCUGGGUGGAUUCGAAGGGGAAGUUGACCAACAAACACUGGAUGCCUUUUUCACGACGCCUUACGGAGAUACAGCCAGGUCCCUGCUUGCUAAAGCGAGUCAGCGGACGAUAUAUGACAUCGACUCUUACCGCCGGAGCGGCGUGCCUUCGCGGGUUGCGGAGCUGACCGGUCACGACCACGUUGGAAAGGGUACGGACCUCUCUCCCAUCACUGUGCGGAUCACAUACCUAGGCGGCGGUGGCGUGGCCGGUCCAGAAGUUGCAACCCUCAGGGGCCUUGCCUCGUCUCAUGCCUUCCGACCUCUGCCGCCCCCCAGCGAUGGCACUGUCCCCGUCACGACGACGCUGCGAGACCCCCUCGGGAGGGUAUUAGGGGUUCUUUACCCUGAUCAGACCUGGUCCAAGACUCGAUUCACGCCGUGGACCAAGGCUGACUAUGAUGCCGGCAACACAUCCAAUGUUGAAGAUCCGGCGACAGAUGACGAUGUUGGCUCCUACUUUGAAAGGCUCCCUCGAUAUUUAUACUAUCCGACCUGGCGCCAAAAGCGGAUGGCUGAUAGGUUAAGCGCGGAGGAUAAGAUAGCAGCCUGCCAAGGAGAUAUUUAUGCUGAUGCUCCUACUAUCACGCACUUAGACGCCCUGGGUCGGACCAUUCUCACUGAGACUGGCAAGGGAGUCAACACUCGCCUUGCGAGGGUGGAUUAUAAUCCACGCGGGCAGGUAGGCCGUCUAAGAGACGCCCUGGAUCGCACAGUGGAGAAAAUGUCAUAUGAUCUCCUCGGACGGCAGCUACACACUGCCAACAUGGACCGAGGUCGGUGUUGGCUGCUCUCAGCCACCGACGGUCUGGCACUUUUGUCCUGGUCAGAUAAGCAGGCCAGGAAAAGGUCGGAGUAUGAUGCCUUGCGACGGCUGAAGAGUGUCUGGAGACUGUCUUCCGAGGAGCAUGCGGUCGGGAUGGAGGUGACCAAAAUGACUUACGGCGAGGGGCGGCCUGACGACGCUGCGUCCAACCUUCGCGGGCAGGUGUAUCGGUGCCGUGACCAGGCUGGACUUCUUACCAAUCGCAAAUCCGACGUUCUGGGUGGGUGUACUGUGUCCACGCGGCGGUAUGCCAACGAGUACCGGAACAGCCUGCCUGUCGAUAAUGUGGCGUCGGAUCUUGGGAUGACUAGACGGCAGUACAACGUCGCAGGGCGAUUAGCGGCUCUCGAGUCGUUUAAGAAGGACGGCACGGGGGCUGCUACAUCGUCGACCAAGAGCAUCAAGUACAACGCCAACGGCAUGAUCACCGACCUUAUGUAUGGUGAUGAGAAGCGGUCGACAAACACAGAUGACGAGCAGACACAACGUCUUGUGGCCACAAGAACCAUUCGCACGAUUGAUAACGCGGCGCUCCAGGACGUCUCAUACACUUACGACUGUCGAGGCAAAGUCGUACAGACAAAAGACACGGCCAAGAUUGUUGUCAAUGACUCCGAUUCGACGCAAGAAUACCACUACGAUUGCCUCGGUCGGCUUGUACAAGCCACCGGCCGAAUCCAAGUCGACUCGCAGUCAAAACAUCUUACGUCAUACAGCUUCAACGACGAUAAGCUUGCUGGUGACUCAAAGACAAUUCGCUACACGGAGACGUAUGCCUACGACAAGGCAGGAAACAUGCUCACCAUGUCCAAUACCCCCAAUACUGCCGGGUACACUGGCUGGACGAGGACAUACACAUAUGCAGAGCAGAGUUGUAUCACGGCAUGGGAGACAAGUAACAGGCUUACCCGCACCGAGGUGGGCAAAGUGACUGAGGAGUAUAAAUAUGAGGGCGAUGCGGGACGGCAAGGCUGUAUGACGUAUAUACCGGGAUACAGCCAUCUCUCCUGGAAUGACGACGAUCGUCUGCAUUCCUUUUCGACGCAGAACGUUGGUGCGGAUAGUGGAAACAUACCUGAGAUGGCGUGCCGCGCAAGGACAAGGAUAUUCAAUAUCUGCCCAUGGGGGACAUCUGCCGAUCCCAUGAGCGUAGCUGACGGAUUGAAUCUCUUCGCCUAUGUCAGGAAUGAUCCUAUCAACUUUGACGAUCCGGGCGGCACCAUCAAGAAUCGCAAAUACAACAGAUCACUCUCUGAGUCAUCAAGCCACGAACAGGCAGCGGGGAGCAGCGGCACAUUCUCCAGUCUCCGUGACAUACCCGCCGCGGUAGCACGCAGACUUGGGUCCAGCCUCUUUGAUGCUGAUCCUCCUCCUCCCGUCGCCUCAGGCUUCACCAGACUGUGGCGCGCUACGGAUCGGGCGAGAGGUAUUGUAUUUGUACGCUUCGGUGACGUAUCCGCCGUGCGCACGACGGCGAUUGGCAACUUUAAUCGUCCUGAUGAGGCGGCUGCGUACUGGGGCCCUGACGAGAGGCUCGCACGAGACAUAAAACAAAAUAGCCGCCAGGACCAAAUCCAAUCCACAAUGGCGGAACAUAAACUCGACGACCGGAGAAAUUCUUGA